AGAAAAAAGUUUAAUAUUAUUGUAAAAUGGAAGAAGUGACAGUUGUGAUCGUCGGCGCCGGCCCUUCUGGCCUGGCCACCGCCGCCUGCCUGAACCAUCUCUCCAUUCCCAAUGUCGUUCUUGAGAAAGAAGAUUGCCAUGCCUCACUGUGGAAGAAGAGAGCUUACGAUCGCGUAAGCCUUCACUUGGCCAAGGAAUUCUGCUCCCUUCCACUCAUGCCGCACUCACGCUCGACACCGACGUACAUGCCCCGAGCCACUUUUGUCAGGUACUUGGACAAGUACGUGGAGAAGAUGGGGAUAAAGCCGAGGUACAUGAGGAGUGUGGAGGAGGCGAAGUGGGAAGAGGGGGAGAAGAGGUGGAGGGUGGAGGCGUGGAACGGGGCGACGGGGGAGAGGGAGGAGUACUCGGCCGAGUUUCUGGUGGUUGCGAGCGGAGAGAACGGGUUGGGGAACGUGCCGGAGGUGGCGGGGAUGGAGAGCUUCGGCGGAGAGAUUAUUCAUUCGAGUAAGUAUAAAAGUGGGAGAGAAUUUGAAGGAAAAGAAGUUCUUGUGGUGGGAUGUGGGAACUCUGGGAUGGAGAUUGCUUUCGAUCUCUCUAACUAUGGAGCUCACACCUCCAUUGUUGUUAGAAGCCCUUUGCACGUGCUGAGUAGAGAAAUGGUGUAUAUGGGAAUGAGUUUAUUGAAGUAUUUGCCGGUCUAUGCUGUGGAUGCUCUUCUUACGAUGCUCUCUAAGCUCAAAUUUGGCGACAUGUCGGCUCACGGGAUAUGUCGGCCGAAGAUGGGCCCUUUUCAACUCAAAUCCGCCAUCGGGAAGACGCCGGUUAUCGACGUCGGAACUCUAUCCAAGAUUCGGACUGGUGAAAUUAAGGUUCUUCCACAAAUAUCAAACAUAAAUGGAGGAACCAUUGAGUUUGAAAAUGGAGUAAUCAAGAGAUUUGAUGCCAUUGUCUUUGCUACUGGCUACAAAAGCUCUGCUAAAAAGUGGCUUCAGGAUCACCAGUUUGUAUUAAACGAUUCGGGUAUGCCCAAAAAUCGAAUUCCAAACCGUUGGAAGGGAGAAAAGAGGGUAUAUUGUGUUGGGCUAUCAAGGCAGGGGCUAGCUGGAGUUUCUGCAGAUGCAAAGGCAGUAGCAGAAGACAUUAGCAACAUUUUAGACAAAAUAUCUGAUAACUAAUGAUAUAUGGCUUUAAAUUUAUGUUCUCCAAUAUGAUCAACGUUUAGCUAUCUCUAAGAGCAAAUAGCUCCUUUUCAAACCUAUGUAAAAUAUUUU